CAUUACACGGUCAGUAACAGUUUGUUCAUAUAGACUCGAGCUGAUCUCUGGUAGAUUUAACAGCAAGACCCUGUUGACAUUGCCUGUGAUUUUGAGCAGUAGGCCUCUAUCAGCCAGAGGACACAAAAUUCCAGGAGGACACUAAGAUUUCAGCAAUUGGGAAACUCACAAAAGUUAGAAAAUAUGCCUCCAAGUUUGACAGCUGCACUGCAAGAGUGGGAAAGUCUAGAGAAAGAGUAUCAUCAGAUUCAGGAGAGUCACCGGCUAUACUUGCAGAAACUAGAUGAAGUUUCCAAGCUGCAGAGCAAUUGCUCUUCCUCUAUCGCCCACCAGCGGAGUAGACUGAAGGACAUGUCUCAGUUAGUGAAGAAAUGUAAUAAGGAGAGACUGACAGAGGAGGAUGUAAAAACAUUGGAUGAAAUCAAGGAGCACAUCAAGGCAAGACCCAACACUUUCUUUGAAAUGGAGGCUUUCCUUCCAAAGAAAAAUGGGCUGUAUCUCAAUCUUGUUCUGGGCAAUGUAAGCGUGACUCUUCUAAGCAAACAGUCAAAAUUUGCCUACAAAGAUGAAUAUGAGAAAUUCAAGCUGUACCUCACAGUUUUACUGCUCCUAUUCGCCUUCAUGUGUUAUUUCUUUGUGAGCUACAGAUUUGUUGACGCGAUCUUCAACUUCUUGCUGGUGUGGUACUACUGCACCCUCACCAUACGGGAGAGCAUCCUCAUCAGCAACGGGUCCAGGAUCAAAGGCUGGUGGGUUUUCCACCAUUAUGUCUCAGCCUUUCUGUCUGGAGUCAUGCUGACAUGGCCUGAUGGAUACCUGUACCAGAGUUUCAGGAACCAAUUCCUCGCCUUUUCUUUGUAUCAAAGCAUGGUUCACUGUAUGCAGUACUACUAUCAGAGCGGCUGUCUGUACAGACUAAGAACCCUGGGAGAAAGACACAACAUGGACCUGACUGUGGAAGGAUUUCAGUCCUGGAUGUGGCGAGGGCUGACAUUUCUUCUGCCCUUCCUGUUUUUUGGACAUUUUUGGCAACUCUACAAUGGACUCUCUCUGUUCAAGAUGGCUCGGCUCCCAGACUGUAAAGAGUGGCAGGUCUCAAUGUGUGGAAUCUCAUUCCUCAUUCUGUUUAUGGGCAACUUCCUCACUACUGUUGCAGUAGUCCGCACCAAGCUCAAGAGCAAGGACCAGGCAAAGCCCAAGGGUCAGUGAGAUGGAGAGAUGAAGAGGAUACACAGAAACUGCAUCCGCUGGUUCUUCCCAUAGGAGCUUCUCCAGAACAAUUCUAUAAUCAUGGCUCAUUUACCAGUGAUAGAGGAUCAUGGGCAGUAUUCAAUGAUCCCCUACUUUGGUUGCUUCGGGGUUGCUACUGUAUAGAUUUCUGAAUUGGUUAAAUAUGAAGACGUUUCUGCUCAAUACAAUAAUGGCACAGCAUUUCAGCAUGUUUAUGGUGUGACUUAGACAUUUCAGAAUAAUUUCGACGAAAUUAAAAGGAUAGAAUAAUAAUCAUAGUGUGAUUGGGAUUGUGCAAAAACACGGCCUCUUAUUGCGAAAAUAAUAUAUUAUAUACCCUGGACCUAUCUCAUACCUCAUCUUCAGCACUGUCUGUUUCAUGUAUUGUGUGUGUGUGUGUGUGUGUGUGUGUGUGUGUGUGUGUGUGUGUGUGUGUGUGUGUGUGUGUGUGUGUGUGUGGUGUUACCACAUGGCAUGACAGAUUCUUAUUGAUUCCAUGGAUAUCAUCCCAUAAGUAAGGUACAGGUCUGUGCUGCACUGCUAUCUGUCCUUGGUACUAACAACAAUCAAAAUACACACUAAUCUUUCAGUAUGCGAGGAUACCUUCAAUAUGACUGAAUGUAACUUGUUUCAGGGAUGUGCAGA